AUGGAAGUGGAGAGCGAGACUGCGAACGGCGACACCACUAACGGCGGCGGUGGCGGCCCAGUCGGUAAGCCGCCGGAGCCAACGCGGCGGCCAACGUUCAAGGAGAAGGUACUAGGGAAGAAAGCGGUGGAGGAGGGAAGGAAGCAGGUGCGAAAUCUUGUUGACGCUGGUAUCAUGAAGAAGGACCUCGUGGAUGGGAAUAGUUAUUUCCCAAUGUUUGAUUUUAAGGAUGACCACUCCUAUGAAGCAAUCUGCAAACCGUUUGAGGCCUGUUUGGUGGUGCAAUUGCUUGGCAAGAGCAUUGGCUACAAAGCCUUGUGUGAGAAGCUCCGAUUCUUAUGGAAACCGGUUGGUGGCUUUGAGGUUCGAGAUCUACAUCAUGGGUACUUUCUAAUUCAGUUUGAUCUCACAGAGGACAGGGAACGUGCCAUGGUUGGAGCACCGUGGAUGAUUUACGAUCAUUAUCUUGCUGUUAAACCAUGGACCCCGGAUUUUGUGGCUGCAAAUUCGAAGAUAAGCACGACGGCGGUGUGGAUACGCAUCCCUGGGUUGGGGUUCCAGUUCUAUGAGGAAAGCAUCCUGGUAACCCUAGCGUCAGCAGUUGGCACACCUAUUCGCGUUGAUAUGAACACGGCGGACAUGCAGAGAGGGAAGUAUGCGCGAGUAUGUGUCGAAAUUGAUCUCACAAAGCCGGUCCUUGGCAGAGUGGGUCUCCGAGGUGUGUGGUACAAUAUUGAGUACAAAGGUUUACACUUGUUAUGUGCUAAGUGUGGCUGUUAUGGCCACCUCUCAAGGAAAUGCACUGGUACGCCAGUGCCCCAACCACAGAAGACACAUUCCCCGUGUGCGAGUGUAACACCGGCGACGCCGCCGGUGGUAGUAGAUGGAAGUGUUGCAACACUAGAAGCUGACCAACAGAUGGUUACUGAAAUAAAUGCAGAAGCGGAAAAGAAGGGGAUUGAGUGUCCUAACGAUGCCCAUGGGGACUGGCUGUCGGUUACACGUAAAAGCCGGAAAUCCACAGUUGUGAAUGUCACUCAAAAUAAACCGAAACCGACUAUGCAGAAACAAUCGCGUGAUACAGGCGCGAUUCAUGGAGAAAAGAAAGGAGUUGCUCAACAGUUUGUUGCCUCAGCUACUAAACUCAAUCUCGGUGGGACCAUGCAAUUCCAUGCAGGAUCAGCUAAGGAUACGUUACCCGUUUUGGGUGAUCACCAACAGGGAAGGAAAGGAUACCGAAAGGAGUCGACCGCGAUGGGGGGGCCACAUAUAGGUUCUUCUCAAAAUAUCCCACUUACGCAAGGGCCCAAUCGGAGUUCUACCCAGGAUCCUCAGUCGAUGGGGAAUACGAGGAUUGUGGCGCUUGCGGAUGGCACACGAACGACUCUGAACUUGCAGCCCAGGGAUGGUAAUCGCUAUGCCAUGCUAGUGGAUGAGGAGAUGACACACGGCUGUGAGCAACCGCUCCAAGUAACUGGGGAGGUUCCUUAUGACCCAGCAUGGAACAUUAGAGGAGGUGCAGGUGUCCGUGGGCAAAGGCGUGUCCGCGAUUUGAUUAGAUCACACCAUCCAUCCUUGUUUGCAGUAGUGGAGACUCAUUGUCAGUUUGAGACAGUUGCUUCGUUCUGGAGAAGCGUUGGAUAUGAUCUUUGUGCAUGUUCAGAAGCAGUAGGGCACCGGGGUGGCAUUUGGAUUUUGGCUCAUGUAGGGAGAAACUUUGUAGUUCAGGUGGUGGAUAUUCACUUACAGGCUGUGACUGUGUCGAUUAGCGUAGACAAUGGAGCUUGGUUAUGCACAGUGGUUUACGCCAGUCCGACCCCAUCUUUAAGGGAAGGCCUAUGGUCGCAUCUUAUGCACCUCCGCCAACAAGCCCUAAGCCCUUGGCUUGCGGUGGGGGAUUUUAAUGAUAUCUCGUCCCCAACGGAGGUUCUUGGCGGCGAUUUUAGUGCGGCGCGCGCUGCUCGCUUUCUAGAAAUGGUUGAGGCUUGUGAGUUCAUGGAUCUCGGAGCCACUGGUCCAAGGUUCACUUGGGAGCGGAGACUAAAUGGCAGGCGUACCAUAGCUAAACGCUUGGAUAGGGCUUUUGGGGACAUUUCUUGGCGCCAUAAUUUCCCCGAAGCCUAUGUGGAGAAUUUAGCACGAGUUUACUCGGAUCAUCGACCUGUUCUGGUUCGUUGUCAUGCACGAGUGGAGGAUCGCUCCGGUCGUCCUUUUCGCUUCCAUGCGGCAUGGACAACGCAUCCCUACUUCAAACCAUUGGUUAGAGAAACAUGGAUGAAGCCGCCGCCUAAUUUAGUAGGCAAGCUAGAUAACAUUCGGUUGGCAUCGCAAGAGUUUAAUGUGAAUGUGUUUGGCAACAUUACUCGACGUAAGAAACGAGUGGAGCGUCGCUUACAGGGCCUACAACGGGAAUUGGAAGUGCGGGAGUCUGAAUCUUUACUUCGUUUGGAGAAGGAAUUGCAAGUGGAGUAUGAACAAAUCCUGACACAAGAGGAGUUAACCUGGUUCCAGAAGUCUAGGGAGAAAUGGGUGAAAUUUGGAGAUCGCAAUACAAGGUUCUUUCACACACAGACAGUGGUGCGGAGGAAAAGAAAUAAAAUCCAUGGCUUGUAUGUUGGCGACGAGUGGUGUACAGAUUCAGAGGCGUUAAAGGCGGGUGUCUAG